AUGAUUCCGAGCACGACAGCAGGCCUGAAGAUGACCAAAGCAUCCUGGGAUAUCCUCAUCUGUUUGAACUUCGAGGACUAUACCCUCAUCUGCAAGCUAUUGAUGCUCGGGCUGUACCGAGAUUACUGGUUUGAUCCAUCAAGCAUCCUUGUAGAAUGUGUUACUGGCGGCUACCUCGGCUUCAUACCGUCAAGCAAAGCAUUACAAAACACCAGUGGUCUAAGCCAAUUCAAUAACACAAUCGUGCAAACGGAGUCCCGGAACUACGUAUGCGGCCAAAUGGCGAUGGGAGAUCCACUUACGCAGCAUUUCCUUGACGAGCUUGAAAAGCGGACGGAGAGGCUUCUACUUGUAGUCUACGAAGGGACAAACGCAGACGCGACGGUGCACCCCACUGAAGGAGAAUUGAUUAUCAAACGCCAUCGGUCAGCGAAGUCACGUCAAGCCCUAGAUCUCACUGAAUGGACCACUGACACAACUUUGGAAGACAUCAAGAACGACUUACGGUUCCGAAAAAGCUCUAUGUACGAUCCGAUCGUGGUUGACUCAUGGCAGUUCAUCAUUAUCGAUCGAGGCCCUAAUCUGCCAUUUGAGCUGUUCGACAUCAUCGAAGAUAUUCUCUCGAUGCUUCUCGACGAUCCCUCGCCUAGAGAGAUCAUGAAACGAGUCAUUGAAGAAGUGAUACCUCCCGCCGCGCAAGAUUCCUUCCUGGAAAAGAUAGACAUCGACAAAAUCGCCGGCCUGAGCUUUCCUGCUCCACCAGAAGUACAAUAUGAGGGCAACCGACAUAGGAGCCACGAACCAGAUCGUCAGAUCUUGUUAGCGCACCAAACAAAAAUGGUGCAAGAUGGAAGGUCAAGGGAGGCGAAUCGCUUCAUCCGACGUGUUGUCGAUGACAUGGAGCGCUGUGGGAUUAUUAGCCUGGUCAAAGAAUAUGAGUCACCUCAAACGCGCCCAGUAAUUGUUCAGGGCUCUGAUGGCGCCCUCGACCUGUAUUUCCCAUACGAGUUUGGCGGCCUUUCCCCAGACGUCGAGCUCACGCCGAAUCUAUCAUUACCACGGAAGACUUGUCUCGUCGACUUCGUCAAGCAAUUCAAGGACCAACAUCCGACAAGCAUCAUGGCAAAAGCUUUCGAUCGUCCGUGGUCAGCUCACGCAUGGCAAUACUACGCUCAACACUACAUCAACUCCAAGUAUCCCUUCGUCAUGUUCUACCUCACGACUUUCGUGAUAUGUGCUACCGACAUAGACGAUGCCGAAAAGAAGGCGGCUAUUCUGUUCGCAGAGACAGAGAGUAGAGGCUGGAGGAUUGUCUUACCAAAUGCGAGGGACUGGAGGCCCAACAUCAACGAACUAAGGCUGGACAAGCUGUUCGUGGGUGUGGGUCCCAUGUAG